CUUCCGGAACGUGCCACUGUUUGUGUGAUUUAGACUCCCUUCCCGUUCAAGAGAGGUUGGUCACCUGCCUAGCUAGUAUCACAAGCUCCACCUUCUGUGGGGGCGGAGGGUCAUGCGCCCCAUUUUCUGGUACUGGAGAACGAUGUAGAACGACGCAGAGGGCUGAGAUAAUACAUACACACUGGCAUGCUCCACUGGUUUCCAGAACUUCCUGGUUCAAACUCGCGCGUGCCACCGAUUAUCCGACACUUACGUGAGCUAUGCCUCACUCUGCGUACAAAUACCCCUAGACCUUCUCGCCCUGCUGUUCUGCAAACCAAAGCGACUCGCACUUGUUUCUGCAGCAUCUCAGCUCAGCAUCUGUUACCACGAUGGCCCUUUGGCAGUACAAUACAUCGUCACCAUUCGACGAGUUCGAUCGCUUCUUUGAUGAUGCAUUCGGUAGUGGUUGGGCCGUUAUUCCUACCAGGUCUCAAUCCGGCCAGCGUUCCCAGCAGACUCAGCGCUUCUUCAGACCCAAAUUGGAUCUUCGAGAGAAUCCCGACAACACCUUGACGGCCAUUCUCGAAGUCCCCGGCUUGAAGCGUGAAGACGUUAAUAUCGAACUUCACGGCGACAGACUCACCAUCUCCGGCGAACGCAAGCACGAGAAAGAGACUCGCCCCGCCGAGGAAGGAGAAACGGGCGAAAGGCGGGGACACUCGUGGGUCCUCCGUGAACGUUAUUACGGAAAGUUUUCUAGGGACAUUGGAGUCCCGGAGGGUACUACACCCGAAGACAUCAAAGCGUCAGUUCAGGAUGGGAUUUUGACGGUUUCGUUCCCCAAGCAGAAGCCUCAGGCGGAACCGAAGAAGAUUACGAUUUCUUGAAGGGAACGCAAUUGUUUGCUGUGACUGUGGAAAAUUUCACCUCGUGCUCUGAAAAAUUGCUUUGCGCUCCCCUGCCUUGUAGUAUCAACAGCCUGUAACACGCAUCUGUAGUUCUCCUUCAAAGAAUUGUGCUUGAUAAGUCCUGAAUUGCUGUUG